AUGAGGCAUGAUCAUUACCAUGUCGACCUGGAGACCGUCAGUAUCAACGGAAGAGAUAUUCCAAAAAAUUUGGCACCCAUUAAAGGAAACACAAUCAUCGACAUAGGGACUAGUCUGCUGAACUUGGCCGGAGGAUCCUACUUCGAGCUCAAGAGUCAUACUGACAGAAAACUUGAUGAGUAUCUAUACAAUUUUAGCGAUGGUCGAUUGGUAAGUUACAAUGGUACCAUUCAAUGCAAGCUGCCUUCCGUCGCAUUGACCUUCUACAAAGGGGCUUCUUUAGUGUUAGAUCCAACCAGCCUAUUCCACCACCAAUCUGGAGAUGAAUAUUUCUGCUUAGAUGUGGUGAUGAGCCCAUAAGAUAUUUAUCUUAACAUCAUUGGGACAUUAACGGCAUUGCGUUAUAACAUCGGGUUUGAUCUUGAAGAUGAGACCAUUAACUUUGACAAAAUCUUAUGCGGCUAUCUUUAA